AUGUCGCCCGCCAUAUGCGAUCGCAUACUGGCGACAGGCCGUAUAAAUGUCAGUAUUGCGGAGAUCAGUUCGCCCGGAGCGGCGGAACAAGAAGGAAGGGUUCUGCCUCCGCAUCCCGAGCAACCACAUCUAAGCAGGCGUGUGAUCAGUGUGUCCAAUCCAGUCUUCCGUGUGACGGCUGCAAUCCAUGUUCGGAAAUGCCGCUGUACAUUCGUCAAAUUUCAUCGCCAGACGGCGCCUGCAGGGCCAGGUCACAAUACCGUGCGCCCUAAUGGCUCCGUAAGCUCAACGGGCUUGGUGUCGAUGCCAUCCGCAUCGACAUCUCGUCUGCCCAUCUUCCCACCCCAGCCCGAGGACGACUUCAUCCUCGGGCCGCCUCCCACGGGCGCCUCUGCAGGCGGCGUGCACACCAUGGCCGAGACUCUGUACAACUCAAACUCGUUCGCGUUUCCCGCGCUGUAUCCUACAGACCCGCAGCCAUCGCUUGGCGGCGCUGACCCAGUGGACUAUGCGUCCAAGUACCGUGCGCAGGCGCAGGCGGAGUUGUUUGGGCCUGGCAGGUCGGGGCUCGGUACCGGACUCACUCCUCUGUAUGACCCUAGAGGCGGGGCGUCCGCGAGUACAGGGGCAGCUGGUUGGCUGGGGUGGGACAGCGCGCCCCAGCAGCAGCAGGGCGAUGGGUACCACGGCCACCAUCAGCAGCAGCACCAUCAAGAGCAUGGGCGUCACACGGAUAUGAUCCCUGCAUCCUCUGGCGCCUCUGCGAUGCACGAUAAACAUCUACUCCAACAACAGCAACAACAACAGCCGCCUCCGCCGCAUUACAUGCCGAUGGCGAUUCCGUACCCUGGUGCGCGGUCUGAUUCGGGCGUCGGGCCGUCUGCUAGUGGUACUAGUACCAGUGGUGGUGCAGGCGCCAGCGUGGGUGUGGGCGUGGGAGGCGACGCGGAUGCGGGUAGAAGACGGUCGAUUGAUUUUACGAGCGAUUUUGGAGGGACACAGUCUUCUUCUUCUGUUGCUGGUGGUGGUGGUGCUGGUGGGAUGGGCGAGUAUGAGUAUGAUUAUGAUUAUGAGCGGUUUAGUGGUGGGAGUGUGAGUGAUGGUGAUGGAGAGAGGGACGGAAGUGCGAGUGUGGGUGCGAGGAGGUCGGUGCAGAGUAGUGCGGCUAGUUCGAGUGUGCAUUUGCCGCUUGGCGUUGGCGUUGGCGUGGGUGUGGGUGUUGGGGGUGUGGGUGGAAUGGGCGGGUUGUUACAGCAUCAACAGCAGCAGCAGCAGCAGCAUGGACUUGGGCAGAGUCAGAUUCAGCAGCACCAGCAGCACCAGCAGAGGCAUCACCAGCACCAGCACCAGAACGAGCAAAGGCAACAUCAGCAGCAGCAACAGCAACAAAGGCAGCACCAGCACCAGCAGGCGUUGUUUGAUGCGGGAUACAACCUCGGGUUGAUCCCAGACAGACCCAGUACAGCAUCGACGUCCUCCUCGUCAUCGUCGCACCAGCCACAUCACUCGAGAGGGGGCAGCUUCGGCGAUGGAGGCGGGUCCUCCACAGGGGGUUACGCGCCGUCGUCGCAUGACGAACGACAAGAGUUUUCAUCCGCCUUUGGGCUCAUGUCGCUCGACGACCCGAAUGUCAUCGCGGGGCUUGCCGUCGAUGGCCAGCCGUUCUUCUCGGACCCGGAGCACGCGCAUAAUCAGCAGGCGCAGGCGCAGGCGCAGGCGCGGUUGUUGGGCCAGGAUAUGGACACGCCGAUGCCGAUGAAGCAGGAGUCGUCGGCGGGUGGGCUGUUGCAGCUCCCGCUGGACACGAAGCUGCAGACGCCUUCGAGGGAUACGGACACGAGGGAGCUGAGGGAGUUUUGGAAGCAGUACAUGCGCACGCCACUCAGUGGGCCCGGGCCUGUGCUGGGCAUGGGAGAUGUGCAAGGGGGGACGUCGUCUAAGGGUACGACAACGCCGUAUAGGAGGCAGAGGGUUGCGUCGAUGCCUAGUGUUAAGACGCCGGUGAUGGAAAGAGAUCAUUUUUAUUCAGAGAAAGACCAUCAGCAGCAGCAGCAGCAACAAACGGGUGCUAAUGUUAAUGCGGGAGAGUCGGAGAGAGAUAGGAAGAUGGGGCCCACGUCGUCUAUGCGCACGACGCUCCAUGGGGACCAUGAGGAUCUGAGGUCGUAUGAGGCUGCGGUGCUGGCGAGGAAGGCACCUACCAAUCUGAAUCUGCAGAUUAGGAAGCCUUUCAGAGGUAGAGGGAACGCUCCGAAUAAUUACGGGGCGAGACCGCGAAGUGCUGUGGAUCCACCGACCACCUCGAUUUCGUCGUCGCUAGCGAAUGCUUUUGGAAACUCUUCGAAUAAUACGGCUGCGUCGGGGUCAACAGGUCAACAGCAGCAGCAUGUCCCUCCUUCAGCUCCACCCGGUCGGGUCUCAUUUGCGGUGAAGAAAGAGGACAGCACGAGUCCAUCCAUUGCCCAAUCUAGGGGGUCUUCAGUCGCUGUUGAGGACUCUGACGGUGGGAGCUCAAACGACCAGGACUCGGGCCGGCCUUCCUUCAAGCGUCUCCCAUCACAGACGCUCGGACCAGCCAAUUCCAAGCGUGCAUUCUUGGGCUUUACAGAGGGAAAUGUUGACGGUGCAAAGGAUCGACAGCUUAUCGGAUGGGGAACGCCCAAUGCGGGCGAGUCAACUCACCUACCGGCUCCCAAGAACCAGCUGUCGACGAUGAGCCAUCCGGAUCGUGUCGUGGCGAGUCUUUCGGAGCGCAGGCGGAGGAGGAUGAGCGCGCCUGGUGCUAGUGCACCGUUGCACUUGCCUAUGCCGGACGCGAAUGCUAAUCCGAUUCCUAUCGUCGAGAACAAGGGACCUGAACGGCCGUAUGCAGGUAAUACGGAGGGAGGUGCGACGUAUGCCCCUGCUGCUCAAGGUGGAGGAAGAAAUUGA